UUUAAAGUCACAUGACACAAACAACUUUCACAUGAUCAAAUAAUGUAAAAUGAUUUCUGUAAAGAACUUUGUUAUUUUAUUCAUCAACUUAAUCCUGGUGAAUUCUCGAGAUUUUGAGUCCCUGUCACAUUUAAAACCAAAGGCUUCAGCAGGAAAACAAGAGGAGGCGGCCAGACAAUUAUUCCAGCGAGUUCUGGGAUCUCGAGCUAAUGAGUUUAAGGUCAAAAUCCAGACAGAUCUAGGGCCAAAAGAGAAGGAUACAUUUGUCAUCAAUACACAGGAGAAGUAUGUUGAGAUUGUGGGAACGACAGGCGUGGCGUCUGCGAUGGGGCUGUACUACUACCUCACUAACUACUGUAACUGUCAGAUAACCUGGGGAGGGAGACAGCUGGCUAUCCCCUCACCCCUCCCUAAAGUCAACGGAGGCAGUGUGAACAUCACAACUAAUGAUAAGUUCCGGUUUUUCCAGAAUGUGUGUACAGUUAGUUAUUCCUCAGUCUGGUUUCAGUGGAAGGAAUGGGAAUCCUACAUUGACUGGAUGGCCAUGAGAGGAAUCAAUAUGGCUCUGGCAUUCACUGGACAGGAAGCCAUAUUCCAGAGGGUUUACAUGGGGCUUGGUUUUACCAUGGAGGAUAUGCAGAAUCAUUUUGGUGGACCGGCCUUCUUAGCUUGGUCGCGGAUGGGUAACAUGCACGGUUGGGGCGGUCCUAUCACACAGAACUGGAUCGACGAUCAGCUGAUCCUACAACACAAGAUUCUGGACCGGAUGAGAUCCCUGGGAAUGAUCCCCGUACUCCCGGGAUUUGCUGGCCAUGUCCCUGAGGCUACAAUUCUGAGGUACCCCAAGGCUAAUGUGUCCAGACUGACUGACUGGGCUGGUUUUAACCAAUCCUAUUGCUGUAACUACCUAUUGGACUUCAAUGAUCCCCUGUUUAUGAAGAUUGCAGUUCGUCUUAUAAAAGAGAUGGAGUAUGAGUUUGGUGUAGAUCACGUGUACAGUGUAGAUACUUUUAAUGAGAUGGAACCACGGUCUAAUUCCACAGAAUAUUUAGCUCUGUCAGGUCGUACGAUAUACAAGACUCUGAAAGAAGGAGAUCCUAAAGCCAUCUGGUUGAUGCAGGGAUGGCUAUUUAUAGAUGAAGGAUUUUGGAAACCACCACAGAUGAAAGCUCUUUUGACAUCUGUUCCACAGGGGGAGAUGAUCAUCCUAGAUCUGUACUCUGAGAUCAUCCCUAUCUUCACCCGGACGGAGUCGUACUACGGUCAGCCAUUUAUCUGGUGUAUGUUACAUGACUUCGGAGGGACAAUGGAGCUCUAUGGAGCCCUGAAACUGAUUAAUGAGGGCCCCUUCAAUGGCAGGGCCUACCCUAACAGCUCUAUGAUUGGUUUGGGAAUGACCCCUGAGGGAAUCUUCCAGAAUGAGGUCAUUUAUGAAUUCUUCACAGAAAAUGUGUGGAGGAAAGAACCCCGAGAUAUAUCGUCAUGGAUUAGCAAGUAUGUCCUGAAUAGAUACGGGAAGACAAACAAGUUUAUAGAUCUGGCCUGGCAAUAUCUGAAGCUUGGGGUUUACAACAACACUGAUUCUCUACAUGACAACAACAUAGACAUUAUAGUCACAACAUUACCCAGAAUGACUCCAUUGAUUCAGCAGGAUGUGUGGUUUAACCCUGAGGAUUUGUAUGUUGCCUGGGAUAUAAUGACCUUGAACUUAGACGACUUCAGCAACAGCUCUCUGUUCAUGUAUGACAUAGUGGAUGUGACCCGUAACAGUUUACAGAUCUUGUCCAUUAAAUACUACACUGAUUUAGUUUAUGCCUUUGGUCGGGGAGAUAUUAAUGCUGUAGAAUCUCUUGGGAAUAAAUUACUAGGGUUGCUGAGUGACAUGGACACAGUGCUGGGGUCGGAUUCUCACUUUCUGUUGGGACGCUGGUUGAAGGCAGCAACAGACAAUGCUAUGGACAUGCAGGAUAGCUGGUUCCUACAGUUUAAUGCUAGGAACCAGAUUACACUGUGGGGCCCUAGAGGGGAGAUUCGAGAUUAUGCUUGUAAACAGUGGUCUGGACUUAUAAAGGACUAUUACUUACCUCGGUGGGAGAUAUUUGUGAAUUACACAAUGGAUAUAAUGAUACAUAAUAAAACUUACAAUGCCACUGAGCUGGAUAUAAUGAUAUACGAUAAAGUAGAGUUUCCAUUUAGCUACAGACUCGACCAGUAUCCCACAGAACCCCAGGGUGACAGUGUAGCCAUUGUCAAGUCUCUACACCAGAAAUACAGACCAGAAACUCAGUCCGAUUUCUUCCAAACUCUACAGAAAGCCACAGAAGAGAGACACAAAAAAGAUAAACGAAACUGGAUCCAAAGAAAAUAUGGCUCACGAAUGAAACAGUCUAAAAAGAAAGUAUCUCCAUAUAAUCCACAGCUUCAUCAUAUAGUUAAUAAGGAUCUGGUGAUUAAUUAGUGCUUAACGAGUCAUGUCUCAGGGGGAUUGUCAGAGUACAAGUAAACAUGUAUAGAUGUAUGGGAAAAAGGAAUUGGUAUAACUUGUCAAUGUGGGUAAAAUUGCAUAUCUGGGUAAAAAUAUUGGUUUGGGUUAAAAAGUAUGUCGGUGAAAUUUAUAUAAAUGGGUAGUGACGUUCUAACUGGGCAUCAUUUUAAACAAUGGUUUCAGAUUGAAAACAUAAUCCAAACAGAAUUUUUAUUACCGGUAGCACUGUAGCAGUAUUUUCCUGAGGUCUUUUAAAAACUCUUAAAAACUUUAGAAACGUCCAAACUUGAUUAAAAAUAAUUACUUUAAUAAGAACCAGGCAUCUGCAGCAGGAGUUGAUUGAUGGUUGUCAGUCCUAAAAUGAAGAAUGUGUUUUUACAAAUGUCAAGAAUAUGUGUUUUUCAGUGCUUAUAGCAAUCAUGUAUCAGUACUUAAGACACAAGCUUGUCUGUGAUAGUUAGUGUGCAAUCAAUGUUAAUAAAAACUUCAAGUUGGUUAUAGGCUUGCACUAGCAUGGUAAUGUCAGCUCACAAAGAUUUUGUUUUGUACUCCAUUCUACUGGUCAAUGAAAUUUAAGUACUGUAUGUGUAACUUAAGGUGCUAUUGAAAUCAUGUUAUAUCUAAAGACUCUUUCAUCUUGGGGGAUCUAUAAAUCAUUAUUCAUUUGUAAGAAUAUUGAUUUCUCACUAUAUUUUAAAUUAAUUUUUUUUAUUGAAGAAAACAUUCCAGUUGUGAUAAAAAAGCUGGCUAAAUGCAUUCCACUGCUUAAAUUGUGAACAAAAUGUUGUAGUUGCCAAAAAAAACUUGUAUAAAAAGGAUCAGUGCUUGUCGUAAUUUGAUAUUUGGAUCGAUCUGUUUUAAUCAUGCCUUUUCGUUGACUUUCAUGCUGAUUGAAAGUAAAUUAUUUGCUGCUUUAAUAUUGAUUCUUAGUUUUCCAAUUGCAGGUUGUAAAUUAUGUCAGGUGGAAAAUGUAAUCUUGAUGUUACUUAUAAUGACAUACUUGAAUGUCAUGUCUGUAUGAUGUUUAUCAUGAUUAUAUAUUAUAUAUACCGGGGUAUAUAUAUAAGAAAUAAAUUUUAAAAUAAAAAUUCUAAACCUUA